AUGGCUGAACCCAAUUCAACUGUAUCUUCACUUUUAAGUGGGAACUUAACUACCUUGAUGCGAGAUUUAUCAAGUGCAACGGAUAAUAAUACAGCUGUACCUACCCUUCUUAGCGAAGGUACAACUAAUUUUAGCAGUUCAUUAUUAUCUUCACAAUUACAUAAUAUUACAACUUCAGGAGGAGUAACUGAUAUUACAAAUGUUACCACAGGGGCAAUUACAAAUUCGUUAGAAAGAGUAGUAAAUACGACUGUGAGUACCAUAAGAGAUAUAAUUACUAAUAAUACUUCUAAUACAACUUUAGGCCUAGACACUUCAUAUGGAACUAAUACAAAUACAACAGUUUCCUCGAGUUUUCAGAAUAACGCUGAAAGAGAAUAUUUCAUGGCAUGGUUUUGUCCCAAAUUAAAGAAGAAAAGGGAUUUAAAAGAAUUAGAAAACGCAAUAAACGAACUAAUGGAACUUGCACAUCAUACAGAAGACGAUGAAGAAAAAGAGAGACUUAAAAAGAAAAGUAAAACAAGAAAAAUGCUUUAUUUAACUAGUGAUGAUGAUGGUUAUAAUAAUGAUCAAACAAAACAUAGAAGUAAAGAUAAUAGUGGUAGGGGUCCCGAUAUUUUGAGAGAAAUACAUUUAGAUUAA